CCCCGCCGUCCGAAUUUGGCCUCAUACACCGGCUACAACGUCGCCUUCAAAUAAAUACAUUACAUCUCCUUUUUCGCUAUGUUAUAUCACGAUCUAACGAGUCUGGCGCCUACCAAGAUCGCUCUCCAGGCCUCGACGGUCCCUGUUGAUGGAGUAAUUACCAUCUGAGUUGCGGUCAUGGUGCCAAGAAAAGAACGAGAUUCGGGGUGUUGUGCUGUUCCCCCACAGACGAGCGGCAGGGUAGAUGACCGGUUAAUACACCCCGCAGGUGACAACGCAUUGCAAAAUGCGGGCUCAUAUUAUCACGCCACGGGUGUAGGCCGUGUGGUUGACAACGUCGGUAGAUGAUGGUGCAUAAUCUCGUAGGUACCCACCGAGGUAGUCAAGGACGGAUCCCAGCACAUGUUUGGAUUGUCCCAUCCCACCUUCGCUUCUGUCCAGUAUCGAGUAUCGACAACAUCAUUUUGAUAUUGGUGAGAAUGGACGACCGUCAUCUACAAGAGUUUGAUAAGGGGAUGCCCUCAUCUAAGCGAUCGAGGAGCAGCAUUGUGUAUCUACAUGUGUUUCUUUUCUCCACUGCAAUCUUCCUCAAUAUCUGGGCUUUACGUCAGCCAGGCCUCCGUUCGCCGCAGUUCUUGGGGUCGUGCGAUGGCGAUUGUCAAACGAGGCUCAUAGGGAGUUACCCUUUGGAACAAUUAGCGACGGUCAGCCCCGUGAAGUUCGAUGCUGAGCUUUUCGCUGCCUCCGUUUAUAAAGGGGAGCCGCGCAAAGAACUCGAUGAAGCUUGGAACAAAUUAGUUGAUCAUCCCAUGAUUCUUGUCGACAACAAAACUCUGCAGGAUUUUGAUCCGACAACAAAGCUCACCAAGGGCGUGAACAAUCACUAUUAUGCCACUGUUGAGGUUUUCCAUCAUCUCCACUGUUUGGACAUCACUCGAAAGUACAUUUGGAGAGACUAUUAUAAACACGUUGAUACUUUCCAAAACCCCCCCGAGAUUGUGUGGAAGCAUGUCGAUCACUGUAUUGACUUGCUACGGCAGGUGCUGAUGUGCAACAGUGGCACCGAUCUCUUGUUCUACACUGAUCUUGGCGAUCAGCAACCUGAAGCUCGUGUCUCGACAAGGCACAUGUGCAGAAAUUUCUCACAAAUAUCGGAGUGGGUAUGGAAGCAUGAUUCUGAACUUGGUAAGUAUGCAGAAGACUAAGGUUUCAGGAGUUCAAGCAAACACUUUCGAGUUUAGCCAAUGGCAUGUUCACAGACAAAUAAAUUUACCUCACUCCAGCCUGGUGGCUAUCAAGGGGAGUCAAUGAGAAAUAUAGAUGAGACAAUGGAUAUUGAAAUACCUAGGCAAUGGAAUAAAUCUUGGCAC